CGAAAUACACGUGGACCCGGGUACUCGUGGACUCAAAGCACACGUGGACCCGGGUACACGUGGACUCAAAGCACACGUGGACCCGGGUACACGUGGACUCAAAGCACACGUGGACCCGGGUACUCGUGGACUCAAAGCACACGUGGACCCGGGUACACGUGGACUCAAAGCACACGUGGACCCAGGUACACGUGGACUCAAAGCACACGUGGACCCGGGUACACGUGGACUCAAAGCACACGUGGACCCGGGUACACGUGGACUCAAAGCACACGUGGACCCGGGUACACGUGGACUCAAAGCACACGUGGACCCGGGUACACGUGGACUCAAAGCACACGUGGACCCGGGUACUCGUGGACUCAAAGCACACGUGGACCCGGGUACACGUGGACUCAAAGCACACGUGGACCCUGGUACACGUGGACUCAAAGCACACGUGGACCCGGGUACUCGUGGACUCAAAGCACACGUGGACCCGGGUACUCGUGGACUCAAAGCACACGUGGACACAGGUACUGAGAAACUGCAGAACUUUGAAGCUUCUACAGAAAACUUUGUGGUUGUUCGAGGUUGUAAGAAGAGAUGCUACAAGUCUCUUAGGAUAUAG